AAAUCUGAAACCGGAUGUGACGUCCCGCUCGGCGCUCCGCUCUCCUGCCUGGAUCGGUCUCUCGGUGCUGGAUCAGCUCGGUCUGACUCUCCGGUGUUUUGUCGCCGUUAAGCUCGCGCUGCCCGUUUCUCCGUCACGUUUCAUCACAGAGCCGGACCGGCGGGAACGUUUACCGACACACCGACACACCGAGCCCGGCAGGAAGCAGCAUGUCCACCGCGCUGGAGAGCUACAUCAACCGGACCGUGGCCAUCGUCACGUCAGACGGCAGGAUGAUCGUGGGCACUCUGAAGGGCUUCGAUCAGACCAUCAACCUGAUCCUGGAUGAGAGUCACGAGCGAGUGUUCAGCUCCAGUCAAGGGGUGGAGCAGGUGGUGCUGGGACUGUACAUCGUCAGAGGAGACAACGUGGCGGUGAUCGGGGAGAUCGACGAGGAGACCGACUCCACUCUGGAUUUAGGAAACAUCCGAGCCGAGCCGCUGAACUCUGUCGUCCACUGACCUCUGACUCCUCCCCUUCCUUUCCGGACGGCGUGACUCAGCUGUGUGCGUGUGAACUGUUUGUGUUUGUAUUUUUUAUAAAUAAAGAAGUGAACUGUU